AUGACCACUGGCGACGAAGCAGUGCUGCAGGUCGUUCGGAGGAUUCUGGAAGAAAGCCUAGGAUCCAACAGUCAGGCAUCCGCACGGAGCAGAGACACCGAAGCCUUUACCGCAGAGGUGGUGGACAGGACGCUGAGCGGCAUUCUCAGCCGCGCUGCACGCCUUGCACGGCACCGCGGCCGGCCAAAGCUAGAGGAAGACCCUGUACAGAUGGAGCUGAUGUGCCAGGCAGUUUGCAGGAUGUUGAGCGCCAAAGAAGUUGCCCACAGAGAGGCCUCGGAACUUAUGCUCUGUACGAUUUGGCUUGAUUGUGGGUUCUCGGCAUGUGACGGACUGGGCCGGAGUGGCAGUCCCGUAGCUUCUUAUGCUCCAGGUUCAGCUACUGUAGAGCUUCUCCUGUUCGCUGCAUCCGUAGCCAUGCAAUUCUGCGGAGCGCUUCGCAGAAGGACACGUGCCUCCUUUCGAACGGAGUGGCACAUCCAUGCUACAGUCAGGAAGUAUUGGGCGAGGAAAAAUCCAAAGCGUGGAUAUGUUGCAGAGCUCCCAGACUGGCGUAACUAUCUGCCGGAGACACUCAUGAGCCGUUUCUUCUUUCAGCUCGAGAAGUGGUUGGGCAAAAGCAGGGCUUCCACCUACCCACCCUUUCUUGAUAUUUGUAACUCUGGAGGCAAAUUUGGAAUGCCAAUCCCCCGCCCGGAAAUCGUGCUGCAGAAAGGCUUCCCAAAAGGUUCUUGGGAGUGGCAGAUGCACAUGUACGGGGCAGCUUUGUACUGGCAUGUUGCCGUGACACGGGGUGAGGCUAUCACUGACAUAAGAGAGGACCUCCUGCGAGGCAAGUCCGUUUUGGAGGUCGGCUGUAUGAGAGGUGGUGGUGCGCGAUAUUUGAGUGAAGUCGCUGAGCCUCAGGAAUAUGUUGCAACGGAUGAUUCGGAAGACAACAUCCGCCUCUGUAACAGCAUCCACGCUCCGCUUCCUCCAAGCUUGCGCUAUGAACAAGCAGAUGCCUGCUCACUUCAUUCAAAGUAUGGGGACGAGGCCUUUGAUGCUCUAAUCUGUGUCGAGGCAGUGGCAGACAUUGAGGACAAAGCAGCUUUCGUAGAGUCGGCAAGGGCAGUUCUGCGGUCCGACGGGCUUUUGCUGCUCUGCGAUGCCUUCAUGCCCCGCGGACUUCACGACCUGAUGGACUCUCUGAAGGCUCAACGCUUCGAUGUCGAGGUUUGUACCGACAUUGGUAAGUGGGUUCGUGCAACAGGCUUGUCUCCUGUGGAGAUCGGGGAGUCGCACAGUAUGUAUGGUGUGGCAGCUUGUACAUACAUGAGGAUCGUCGCUCGCAAGACGUGA